AUGACAAUCAACUAUGCAAGGGAAAGUGUAAUUGAUUUCACUAAACCGUUCAUGAAUCUGGGCAUCGGAAUUUUAUUUAAGGUACCAUCCAGUCAACCGACCCGGCUCUUCUCAUUCAUGAAUCCAUUGGCCGUGGAGAUUUGGCUGUACGUGCUGGCUGCCUACAUGCUGGUCAGUUUUACUCUUUUUGUGAUGGCUCGAUUCAGUCCAUACGAAUGGAACAAUCCUCAUCCCUGCCUCGGAGAGAGUGACGUAAUUGAAAAUCAGUUCACCGUCAGCAACAGUUUCUGGUUCAUCACUGGUACUUUCUUGAGGCAAGGAAGCGGCCUCAACCCUAAGGCAACAAGUACCAGAAUAGUUGGAGGAAUCUGGUGGUUCUUCACAUUAAUAAUUAUCUCAUCAUACACAGCAAAUCUCGCUGCAUUUCUCACUGUAGAGAGAAUGAUAACUCCAAUUGAAAAUGCAGCCGAUCUAGCCGAACAAACUGAAAUAAAUUAUGGUACUCUUGAGGGAGGUAGUACCAUGACAUUUUUUAGAGAUUCUAAAAUUGGCAUUUACCAGAAAAUGUGGAGGUUUAUGGAGUCCAAAAAUCCAUCAGUUUUCGUUUCGUCGUAUGAAGAAGGAGUAAAAAGGGUUCUGGAAGGCGAUUACGCCUUUUUAAUGGAAUCGACAAUGCUGGAUUACGCGGUUCAAAGAGACUGCAAUCUCACACAAAUAGGAGGAUUGUUAGAUAGCAAAGGCUAUGGAAUUGCAACCCCUAAAGGUUCGCCCUGGAGGGAUAAAAUAUCCUUGGCCAUCCUAGAACUUCAAGAGAAGGGUGUGAUCCAGAUCCUUUACGACAAGUGGUGGAAAAACACAGGGGAUGUAUGUAAUAGAGACGAGAAGAACAAAGACAGCAAAGCAAAUGCCUUGGGCGUAGAAAAUAUUGGUGGUGUUUUCGUUGUCUUGCUUUGUGGCUUGGCUCUUGCGAUCCUCGUUGCAAUCCUAGAGUUCUGCUGGAACUCAAAGAAAAACGCUCAGUCAGAUCGCUCUCUAUGUGCUGAGAUGGCUUCAGAACUACGCUUCGCUAUACGUUGUGGUCCACGGCAAAGGCCUACUGCAAAAUCGUGUUCUUCUCCAACAACUGAGAUCAUGUCUUGUAGUCAUUGCAGUCCACAUUCCUCAAUGCAGAGAAGCCGUUAUUACUCCGGAAGUCAAGAAGAAACAACUUACAUUCCGAGCAUCGAAAUGCCGCGAUUAAAUGCAGGAAACUGGUGCAUUAGCGAUGACGGAGAUGAAGAAAUCAUUGAGCUUCGAUCAAGUGACAGCGGACCAUGCAGGAAAUACCUAGCACAGGCUUCAUCCUCAACAUCAUCAACAGCGCAACCACUCCUGCAGAAACACCCCCACGCACACGCGUCAUCUACACUGCCACACCCACCCCCACAGCCACAAUCACAGUCACACGCACAAACCUCAACAUCCCCUGAGGCAGAGACGGGACUCUUCAGGCAUCGCUCUGGGUCAAGCGGACCACAAAGAAAUGUAAAUGUCGAAAAAAUUGAAUACGUGAGUAAAAUAAUGAGACCAGUUUGGGACACAGGGAAGAUAAUAUUCAAGAACGACUGGAGAAUAGAAGUAUGGAUGUUUGAUGUGUUACUCAGAACACUCUUCGGUUAUGGAGUGAAGAUUUUGGGACCGAAGGAGCAUCAGAUAGUAGAAAGUCUUCAUGCAAAAUUCUUGAGGUGGGUCAAGAGGGUUCGUCGAAACUGCCUAGAAUAUAUGUUAAGAUUAGAACCAGGAAGAAAGAUUAUAGGUUCACAGAAGGAAAGAGGUGACCACCCUGAAAGUAUUCUUUGGAGGUUCGACUGCGACCUGGUAGGUGAACCGGACGUGGUGAUAUCACCACCUCCACCCCCGCCUCCUCCACCAUCUGCCACUGUUUCGAGAACCACAACCCUUUGA